AUGGAAGAUGAAGUGAUUCGAGUUGGAUCUAGAAAGAGUCAGAUAGGUGAAAAGAGUUUAUUUACAAAAGAACUUGAAAUAGCUUUAGAGAAUAGAGAAGUAGAUUUUGUUGUUCAUUCUUUGAAAGAUCUACCGACUACUCUUCCUGAAGGAAUGGUUAUAGGAGCGGUUUGCAAGAGAGAAGAUCCAAGUGAUGCUGUUAUUUUACAUGAAAAGCACAGUAAUCAUACAUUGAGUUCGCUUCCUGCAGGAAGCGUAAUAGGAACCAGUUCGUUACGAAGAAGAGCCCAACUACAGUCUAGUUAUCCACAUUUGAAAUUUAAAAGUGUUAGAGGUAAUUUAAAUACAAGAUUACGUAAAUUAGAUGAAGAGCAAUUGUAUGAUGGUUUAAUUUUGGCUGUUGCCGGAAUCAGUAGAAUGGGUUUUUCUAAUCGUAUAUCUCAGAUUCUUGACCACAAGGAAUGCAUGCACGCCGUUGGACAGGGAGCUUUGGCUGUAGAAUGUCGAAAAGACGACAUAAACACCUUACGGAUGGCUUCCGUCUUGACGGAUAGAGACACUGCUUUGCAGUGUAUUGCCGAAAGGUCUUUAAUGAAAAGUUUAGGAGGUGGCUGCAGUGUUCCAAUAGCAGUUUAUUCACAAUUAGAAAAUUGCAAAUUGAACCUUAAAGGUGGCGUGUUUAGUUUAAAUGGAUCAGAUUCUCUUAUUUGUGAAGAAGGAUGUAUUUUACAAUACAAGAAAGAAAUUACUGAAGAGAAACUUAAAGAACACUGCGGAAUCAUAAAUCUAGGAAUAUCGGAGGAACUGUCACACCUGGCCGAACAGUUAGGCAUCGCCCUGGCCGACAGACUUCUACGUCAGGGUGCCAGAAAGAUUUUAGAUGAAGCUCACCGACAAAACGAACUCUCCAUCGAAUAAUUGAAUCGAACAUAAUCUUUUUUCAACAAGUGACUGGCGGAAGAUGCAGGAAACACUAUAUAUAGUUUUCCCAUAUAUAUAGUGUUUUUUAUAUAUACAUCCAUUAUUUAUUUCUGAAAAAUACCAUUACAGUUUUCAAUAAAAUACUGUAAUGUUGUUACACAUUCCAAGCUUGAUUAAUUUGUGAUAGUUUUAUUUAAAGAUUUUUUAAUAUUUCUAAUCACAAAAAGUACAAAAGUUAAUGGCACCCUUGGGAUUUAUUUUGAUAUGCUCUCUGAUGACAGUACCAUGACUUAUUAUUAAAUCAAAACAUCAUAUUUGUUGCCUUCUUUUGUCAUAAAAUCAAUGAUUACUUCCUGCAUCAAUAUUUUAUAAAAUAUUUUGAAUGAACUUAAGGAAAGUUGAUAGUAAGGGAUAAGCAAAAAAAUUGCAAGAUAUUUUUUGAGAUUGACAAAAAUGUUGUUACAAUUUGUCUCAAAAUUUUAUUAUAGACUGUAUGGAACAGAGUCUAAUAUUAAGUGUUGGAGUUAUUUGAAUAAAAUGUUUGUAAAUUUAGUAGUUUUAAAAUGAAGUGCAAUUGGAGACAAAUUACUUUGUUUUGUCGACAUGAUUUUUAGAUAUAUAUUUUUAAAGGAAUCAAAUCAAAAUUCCGUAUUGCCUCUGCUGUAUUAUAGAUCAAAAUAGUAACAAUUGCAGUAGUACUUACAGAAAUGGUUCAGAAACAGUAUUUUGAUUCUUUCUCUUGUAUUAUCUAAAAUGACUGUGAAUUACAUUUUGGAAAUUUUCUUCUCCAAAAUUCAAAUUUUUGUUCUCUAAUUUAGGGAAAUUUCAAUAAAAAAUAAACAGUCAAGUGGAUCUUUACAAAUACAACUGUUACUGUUUAAAAAUUAUCUAGAAUAAUUUGAUUUAAACCAAUAAUUGUUUUUAUUGUGUAUUGUAGUAAUAGAAAAUAAACCAUAAUUUGUUACACAAAAUAGUUUUUGUUGCAGUUAAAUUACCUACUUAUUGUGAAUAAUCCCAUAAAAAACUGGUGGAACUGGCUUGAAAUGUAAAGCUUGGCAAAAACAUCUAAAUAAACUUAUGAAAGUUGUGUGCUAUAUUCACAUGUUAAAUCUGGUUUCAGUAAAGAUAACAGUUUCUUAUGCCACAUUACAUAGAUUACAGCUACAAGAAGUUUUGGAUAAAGCAAUUUCAUCAUACCUAACAAUAAAUCGGGUAAACAAACAUUGUCCCAGGAAAUGGCUUCAAGCUUUACUUUGCAUCUUAAAGUUGUUGCAC